CAGUUGGCGUUCGACCAGCAAAUGCAACGAACGGUUUACAGCGGCUAAACGGACCACAAAAUACAAUAUGAAGAAAAUACAAAACUUAAACUAAGUAGUAGAAGUGAUAAAGCAAAGCACACGCUGGAGCGCUUAAAAGUGCAGACUAAAACAAAUUAGUGUUAAUUGUGAGAAAGAAAGAAAAAAAAAUCAAAAGAAGUGGUAACUGUGAAUGUGAAUUAAAAGUGUUAAAAAAUUAUUUUUUAUGAAAACUCUUAGCGACUUGGCGAGCUAAAGAAGCCGAUUGGGCAAUAACACGUCUCAAUUAACACGUGUGUUGCUGCUGUUGUUGGAUUUUUCCAUUUUUGUUUUUUGUUUCUGUAUAGAAAAGAACAAAAUAGAUUCAAUGCCAAGUCGCGAAAAUACUUAAAGCGGAAAUCUAUUUGUGCAAAUCAGCUAAAACUAAAUGAUACUGAAAUCUGCCACAAUUGAGAUUUCCAAAAGAAAAAAAUACAAAAUUAAAAAAAAUAAAUAAAUACAAAAAAUACUAAAAUAUAAGACCAAAUAAAAGUUGGCAAGCAAAUAAAUUUGAAAACCAUAAAAUCAACACCCACAAUUCGAGCGACUGCACCGAACAAAUCGAUGCAUUGAGCACCGAAAGAAGACAUUAGUCAUCGACUCAUCGAAAAUACUUAUAUACCGUUGUAAAAUAUAUCUACGCAUACUAUAUACGUAAAUAAACACGUGAAUGACAUAAAAACUGAAACAAUUGACAUUACCGGAAGAGCAUAUGCAGACACAAAUAAAUAUACUACAAGUGAAAAAGUGAAAAUUAUGAGGCAACCACUUUGAACCACCAAAUCUUCCCCGUUGUUCAAAGAAACGAGUCUCUUAACUCAAACACACGAAAAUCGUAUAAAUUACGAAUCAGUGAAAAUGUGCAAAAUCGCGGCAUUUACCAAAUCUGUUAGAAAUACAACAAAUACAACUCACACAUUAACAUUUCUCAAAUCCAAUUACAAAUACAAGCGCAGAGUUCACACAAGCAUGACGCAUACGCACGCAACGCGAAGAGCUCGCCAACUACAGCGACGCGCUGCAAUUGCGGAGGCAGAGGACCGCUGCGCUAAUGCCAAAAAUACAUUAAACAAUGCAAUUAAUCAAAUAAUCAACGCUAAACGAAUUACAUGUGAAAUUAAAUUAAUAUUUAAAUUAUUUAUUUUUUGCGUCGGCCAUCUACUGACGCACACACCUUGCCAUACGCGCGACGACAGUCGUCCGCGUGACAGCGUGGCGCUAACGCAGAGACGCCAAGUCGUCGGUGGACGCUUUGAUGACACGAGCCAUCAACGGCGAAAUUAUGAUAAAGUGUCAAGCAGGCGAUGCCAAAUCGCGCAGCGUCUCCAUCAAUGGAGACAAAGACAGAUCCGUCAACACGCCAACAGCCAAACUCGGCUAGCGCCGCAGCAGCAGCAGCAGCAGCAACAACAACACGAUUUAUAUGUCAGCAGCUUGGCGUGUAAUCAAAGCAGCCGUCGCUGCAGUGACAGCAAUUGGCAAGAUUUAUCGCUGGUGGUCGCGCGGCUGUCAACAAAAGCAACAACAACAACAACAAUGCUGCAACGGUGGCACACAUCGUCAGUCAGUGCCGGGAAUGGACGCAUUAAUGUGCUCUCAACACUGGCGGCAAUAUUAUUUAUGGCAUUGGCAUUCAAUGCGACGCCUCUAGUUGAUGCCGGCGCCUGCUGGCGUUCGUCACAAAGUAAUGGCAAAUGUAGCGAGAUUUACUUGAGGAACAGCACCAAAGCCGAGUGUUGUCGCUAUCCGGAGCUUUUCUACACGGAUCGUGACGUUACCGAUGUAGAGUUCUUCUUCACAACAACCGUUGGCGAUGGAAUGACUUGCUCACCUUGUGCUCUUAGCUGCAAGAGCAUGCAAUGCGGUUGGAAUAAGAAGUGUGUAAAGCGCAAGGGCCGUCCAAAGUGUGUCUGCGCUCCGGAGUGUGGAGCGGCCAAGCGACACAAGCAACGUGGCCAACCGAAGAUUUACCGUGGACACGAACCACACAACGAACAGUUACGAAUGAAUAGGCACAUCACCGCUGGCGCAUUCGGUGCCGGUGCUGGUGGUGAAGAAGCCGUUGAAGGCGACAGCGCUGCCGCGUUCUUCAACGAAGGCAAGUCGCCACGCGACAUACGUAGUUUAAGUAGCGAAAUUACAAAUGUUAAUUUAGGUGUUGAACACCAAAUGCAAAUACAAAAUCAAAACCAAAGAAAAUUGAUUAUAAUGCAAAGUCAAAGCCAACAGAAGCCUCAGUUAAAUAGACGUGUAGAGAAACCGGGAAGACUUUUAAUAACGGCCAAUGUCGAACAUGACACAGAGAAACCCGUCCAACAGCGUAUACAGAUUAUUAGUAAUGUAAGAAUGAAUAGCCGAAAACAUCACAACCACUUUAGUCGUGAUAAUUUCGAUGAUGAAUUCAACGACGGAGAGGAUGAAGACGAAGCUAACGAAGACGACGAAGACAACGGUGAAGAUGAUGGUGAUGCUACUGCUGCUGACGAUGCUGUUGCGAAUAAUGACGACGAUGAUGAUUUGGACGAUUGGUUGGAUGACGUCGUUGGCGCAGAAUCGACAGGCAAUCAUCGGCGUAGUAGCGAUGAUUCAACAAGAACACCGUUGGAGUCACGAAGAAGCUACCAUUUGCCGUCUAGACAUAAGGCAAAUAAAAAUUCAAAUCACAACAAGAAGCGGAGACAACAUGAAAAUGAAAUGGAGCUCAGCAAGCGCCAGCAGGAGAACAGCAACAACAACAAUUUCGCCAUAAUAAAACGUUUUCCACCGGUAGCAUCCAGCGCGUCAAACGCCAGACGGCUCGAGAACGUUUUAAAUCACGAGGAGGUGUUGCCACCAGCAGGCGAUACAGUGAAUGUUAAUAGCGCCAGCAAUGGAAACAACAACAACUACAACGGCAAUAAAGGCAAAGGUAAGCACAGCAUUGACGGCGGUAGACAACGUGAACGUCAUCACCAUCAGCAACGCAAACGCAAACAUCAGAAACAACAACAACAACAUCAACAGCAACAACAUCAGAGUAGCCAUCAGCACAAUCACCGCGCACAUAAGAAGCACAAGAAGCUAAAGGAUCACAAUGCUAACAACAAUGACAACAAUGUGCGCACGCGUACCUCGUCUUCAACAUCCUCGCUGGCCGCGCACAACGAUAACAUACCGAUGGCAACUGCAACGGCAGCAACAACAACGGCAACGCAAACGCCCAUAGUAUCAACAACAAUGGAGUGGCAGACAACAGCUGCUACCACUCCCGUAAAUUCCAUGUCGCCGUCUGAUGAUCAUCGUUUAUUAAAUCACGGAAGUCAUAUUGCAAAAUCAUCGCCGUCGACGGCAAUGAAAAGGCAUAAAACCGGCGCAACGUCUGAGGCAUUUUUCGGUGCUGAUGCUGUUGGUGCUGGCGAUGGAGGUGUUGCCGCUGACGUUGGCAAAUCAUCUCUUAAUUCAGAUGACUCGACACUACUCGAUGGUAUAUACGACGAUUUCAAUGUCUACGGAUUCCCGAAUCGCCAAUUUGAAGUAGCGGUAGAUAAUUUCCAUGGCCCUCAUCCGGUUUGUGGCACUGAUGGUCGCACUUACAACACGGAAUGUCAAUUGAAGAAACGCGCUUGCCGCACCAAUAAUCCAAUACUGGCGGUUGCAUAUCGAGGACAUUGUCGAACUUCAUGCAACGGCGUGAAAUGCCUCAACGGCCACACAUGCGUCGAAGAUCAAUACACAAUACCCCACUGUAUUGCUUGUAAAAUUGAUUGCCCCGAAGAUGAUGCAGCCGCCAUUGCAGCGCUGCCAAUCGAUCCGACACGCGCAGUCUGCGGUGUGGAUGGGAAGACAUAUCGUAGUGUUUGUGAUAUAAACCGAAUGAUUUGCAAAAGUGGACGUUCAAUUGCCGUUGCAUAUCCGGGACCAUGUCGAGACGAUCGUCCCACUUGCAGUGAAAUCAACUGCGGCCGCAAGCACACCUGUCUGGUGGAUUUGCUCACGCUGGAGCCGCGCUGUGUCUCCUGCAGCUACAAAUGCGCGCGCAAGCGUCGACCAACGUCGCUGCGCUUUGAGGAGGGCAAAAUAUGCGGCGUCAACAAUCGCACAUACAAUUCGUGGUGUGAAUUGCGGCGCGACUCCUGCAACACCGGCUUUCUCAUUGACGUUAAAGCACCUGGCGAAUGUCAUUAAAGAUGAAUAACGGUAAAAUUACGUUUAACAAAAACGAAAAGGAAAAACAAAAACAAAAAGCAUAGAACGGCAGCAAAAAUACGAAAUAUCCAUUUAUAGUUGUUAAGAAAAAGGCUUUUAGAAAAAAUCUGUAGUACUAAAUUUACCAACCCACAUACAUACUAUCACACACACACACAUACAUAUAUGUGUAUGAAAAUUAAACAACAUUAGUUCGUCUUCCAUGCAGCAUAUCUCCAGAAAGCUCAACUUACGGCACUUUUACAUACACUCACACAUUAACAGUUGUAUGUGUGUCUGUAUGGGUUCGCUUUGACCGCUCAGCUCCUUUUUGUGCCGUACACCCCGUCAAUUUGUUCGUUUUCCACCUUAGUCCUUAGAUGCUUCCAAAGAUAAAGUAUGUUUAUGGUAAAUGUCACACAUACAUACAAACAUCGAUAUUGACAGUUUUUAACCUAUUUAUAAUAGAGUGUAGUAGAAGAAUGGCUUAGUUUAUGACGUGCAUACAUAACUAACGAUGCUGUAAUUAAAUAAGUUAGCCAAUUUAGAGAUUUACAACGACUUAUAAAUGCUUAACGCCCACACAAACACACACACAUACGUACAUAUACAUAUACACAUAUACAUAUGUAUGAAUAAUUAAAAUACAUGCGUAUAUGAAUAUAAAAGUCUUUUAUAUAUCUACUUAAACACCCUUGACCAUAAAUCUAAACAUUACAACAGAAAAAACAUAUCUUAAGAGGCUUUUAAAAUAAACUUACACACACACACAUACAUACAAACCUACAUACAUAUAAUGUAACGAAACACAUACACAUGAACACAUAAAAUUUCCAUUAAACACACAUACAUAUUUAAUUAGCGUAAAUGAAUUAGUAGUGUAAACAAAAUCUAUAGAGUAUAAUUAAAUAAAUUAACUUAUUAAUUAUUAUAAUUAUAAUUAUGAAUUUUAUUAUUAUUAUUAAUUGUCAGUGUUGAAUUAUUAUUGAUGCUAGUACUCAUAUAUACAUAUACAUCAGGGUGGGACAAAAAAGAAUUUUUUAUUUUUUUCCCUUAGAUACUGUGAAACUAUCGUCUGAAAUGCGGAAAAAUAUUCUGGCAAGCUCUUAGUAUUAAAAAAAGGUUGUUUUUUUAGGCAUGUGGUUUUCAAAAAAAAAUUUCUCGUUUUGAGCCCUUUCAUCGAAUGUGCGAUGCGCUUGAUGGUCGUUCGGCUUCAAAUCUCGCUCAUUUGAAUUUGCUCAUUUUGUAAGCCCGCCAACCAAGACCCUUCCACAAAAUCUUUCAUAAAGUGGAUGGGCAAAACUCCAAUUGUUGUGCGCAAUAGCGGAUAGACUCAUGAGGGUCUUCAUCGGUCUCUGCUCCACAGCAGGAGUAGCGUCCUCGGUGCGCACACUGUACGGCGUCUUCGAGAAUGCUGUUCAUUAUGAAAUUCGAAAGAAGUAUUGCCUUAUUAAAAACGAUAUUUUUACGGUAUCUAAGGAAAGAAACAUACUAUACUAUUGAGCCACCCUAAUAUUCAUGUAUAUAAACACAUAUAUAUAUAUACAUAAAUAGUUAUAUGAACAAGUAUACAUACACACACAUACAUAUAUGCACUCGAUUGUAUUAAUUAACAAUUAAAUUUUAAUUAACUGACUGAUAGAUUAACCGCAAUAAAUUAGUGUGAAAUUUAAUUGAUUGUUGAAAGUUGUAAUUUAAAUUAGCGCAAGCAAGGAAAUUAUUAUUACUUAUACAUAUGUAACACUUAAUUACAUAAAAAUAAAAAAAUAUACAAACAUACUUAACUAACCCAACUCUCUAUGUGCGAAUAUUAAAGAAAUUUAAAUAAAGAAAUUAACUAAAAAGUAGCGGAAACACAAUUCUUAUUUUUAUUGUUCUUGUAGUUCUGGGUAAAAAAGCUCAUUCAACAUAUUUAAAUAACGGUGCCCAUUGACAGUUACUGUUAUGCCGUUUUCUUUAAAGAAGUAUGACCAGACAGUAUACCUUGAUGAAACUGCACCCCACACGGUGAUUGUCCUCUUCGGCCAUUUCAAUAAUUUUUUGCCAAAAUUCCAGGCGAAUAGGUAAAUUUAAAGGGGUUUAACCGGCUUGUUAUUUGAACUUUGUUCGGAACAGCUUUAAGUCAUCAUGAAUUAUCCGUUGUAAUGACCGUCUGCUAAGUCCAAGUUGCGCCGAUAAGUUGCGAGUCGAAACUCUUGGAUUUGCCUGAAUUGACGAUGCAACAUCCGCGAUUGUUUC